AUGUCUGCUAUAUAUGAUGGUGUUGCCAGUUCGAUCUUAAGCUCCUCAUCGGUGUCAAGUAAUGUCAUACUACAAAGUCCGCCCUAUACCAUCAGACUAAGUCCGUCCCCUACCAUCAGACUAAGUCCGCCCACUACCAUCAGACUAAGUCCGUCCACAACCAUCACACCAAGUCCGCCACCUACCAUCAGACCAAGUCCGUCCACUACCAUCAGACUAAGUCCGUCCACUACCAUCAGACUAAGUCCGUCCACUACCAUCAGACCAAGUCCGCCCUAUACCAUCAGACCAAGUCCGCCACCUACCAUUAGACCAAGUCCGCCCUAUACCAUCAGACCAAGUCCGCCACCUACCACCAGACCAAGUCCGCCCACUACCAUCAGACCAAGUCCGUCCACUACCAUCAGACCAAGUCCGUCCACUACCAUCAGACUAAGUCCGCCCACUACCAUCAGACCAAGUCCGUCCUCUACCAUCAGACUAAGUCCGCCCACUACCAUCAGACCAAGUCCGCCCACUACCAUCAGACCAAGUCCGUCCGUCCACUACCAUCAGACCAAGUCCGUCCACUACCAUCAGACCAAGUCCGCCACCUACCAUCAGACAAAGUCCGCCCACUACCAUCAGACCAAGUCCGUCCACUACCAUCAGACCAAGUCCGUCCGUCCUCUACCAUCAGACCAAGUCCGUCCACUACCAUCAGACAAAGUCCGUCCACUACCAUCAGACCAAGUCCGCCAACUACCAUCAGACUAA